CCCGCUCCAGUAGCAGCCAGCGGCCACAGGCAGUGAUAUGUAGCCGGGGGCCUGCCAUAAUAACGCGGGUGCGACAUGAACGGGGCUCAGCUCAGUGAGCUCCCGAACGACUCGGAGCAGCUCGGGCCGUAUGUGAGCGGCCUGCGGCGCAGAGCCCUGCAGGCCGGCGAGCUGUCCGCCGUCAGGACCUUCUCCGACCAGUUUCUCCUCAAGUUUCUGCGGGCCAGAGACUUGGACGUGGAGCUCUCUCUGAAGCUCUUACUGAACUACCAGCGGUGGCGGAGGGAGAGUCCUGAGAUCAGCACCUGUCUGUCUCCCUCCUCGGUGCUUGGCCUCCUCAACACAACAUACCACACCGUCCUCCCCCAGCGGGACCGCACCGGCAGCAGGGUGCUCAUCUACAGGAUUGGUCAGUGGAUCCCGAAAGACUGGUCGGCCUUCCAGGUGUUCAGGGUCAGCCUGAUGACAUCAGAGAUCAUCUCCAUGGAGACGGAGACGCAGAGAAAGGGUCUGAAGGCCAUAUUUGACUUGCAGGGGUGGAGUUUGGGCCACGCCCUGCAGAUUAACCCUUCCCUCGCCAGAAAGAUAUCCUCUGUGCUUUCGGACUCUUUUCCACUGAAAGUGAGAGGAAUCCACCUGGUUAACGAGCCAAUGUUCUUCCGGCCAGUCUUCGCCAUGAUUCGUCCCUUUCUGCCAGAAAAGAUCAGACAGAGGAUCCACAUGCACGGCGCUGAUUUCCACAACACUUUGAGCGACUUCUUCCCCCCGUCCGUCCUGCCACCAGAAUACGGAGGGGAGGGGCCCGGCAUAGAGAGGGCCUGUCAGGACUGGACCAAUAAGCUGCUUCAAUCAGAGACGCUCCUGCAGCAGAUUGCCUCUCACCCAACAGGCGACAUCGCCGUUACUCCUGAGGACUCCUUGAUCUCCGAGGAAAGGGGAGAAUGAGAGACUAUUCGGAUCACACCUACACGCUGCUGUUUUUUCGUCCUUCCUCGGCUGGGGGCCUCCGCUCUGGCGCCCUGGUGCUGCCAGCCAGCCCGGCUCCUUACCCUUGUCGAUCGGUGGAAACUUCAGCGUUGUCACUUAAAUGACAAUUUGACAAUGAUUAUUUAGUAUACAUUGAAAGACGUCUACCGGAGGGAAGAGGAGCGGGGACGGCAAUUCAUUAAGGAUACGCUGGACUUGCUGUGCGGUCUGUUUUCCUCCGAACGUGUCCUCACGCAACUCUCCAAACUCCCUUGUUUCCGUUCUGCUUCAAGCCCUAUGACGCAGCCGCACCGACACCCACCCCGCAGUCAGGCGGCCAAUCAGCUAACAGUUGUGUUAUGACGCGACACGAGGUGUUGGCUGCAUAUCAAGAGAGCCGUCUGUGCUGCCUUAAAACUUUUCAGCUCUGGUCCAUCUGAUUGAUUUACUGUAUGUGCGCCUGUGAGCUGUCUUCCUACAUUGCUCAUUGAAAUCUGACCAAAGCGAGAAGUUGCAUCAUCUUAUUGAAAUACACGUUUGCUUCUUUUUUUUUUCUUCCCCAAAAGAGACAGGAAGAGGCCGAUGCCAAUCUCACGUCUGUGUGCUGAGUUUGAGUCCGGGCGUAGUUAGCCUAGCUUAGGAUGCAGACUGGGAAACGGAGGAAACUCUAUCUGGUCUCUGCAUGUGUAUGUAAAAAAGAAAAACUGUCAACACCUCCAAAGCUUAGCCACUGCCGAUUUAUUAUUUUUAUUAUUGUCUGGAUUCACUGAUUAGUCGUUUGGUCUAUAAAAAGUCAGAAAAUAGUAAAAGAUGACGAUCCAUGUUUCCCAAAGCCCAAGAUUUCGUCCUAAAAUGUCUUUUGUCCACAACUCAAAGAUAUUCAGUUUACUGAACCAGAAAAUAUUUACAUUUAAAAUGCUGGAAUUAGACAAUAUUUCCUUUUUUUUUUUUUUUUUUUUAUCAACGAAAAUGACUCAAAUUGAUGAAAUCAAAAUAGUUAGCAAUUCAUUUAUAGACUACAACUAAUCGAUGAAUUGAUUAAUCUUUGCGGCUCUAAAACAUACAAGAUACAAUGUGUAAAUAAAACCACUUCAGAUAUUUUUUUUAAACGUUGGAAGGAGCCAAGCUAUUGAUUCCCCCCCCCCCCGUGUUUACAUUAAGCUAGUCUGAUCCAGCUCUGUACUUUAAGCACAAACAUAGAAGCAGCAUCGAUGUUUUUAUCUUACUCUUUAAAAAGAAAAUAGAAAGCAUACGAGCACAUAUUUCCCACAAUGUUGACCUUUUUUUAUGUAAUAAAUAGACUUUUUAUUCUUGUAUUAAGAUUAUUUUAGAUUUUUUUUCAGUGUUAUCUGAGCAGACUCUUCUCAGUGUUUUGAGGUAGGGACUGGAAACAAAGCUACCUUAUCAGGUCUUUUACUUUUUACAGGAAUGUCGCUGGAUGUCACACCAAGACAAGUCUUUUUUUGGUUACACUUUACUUGAAGGUAUCUACAUAAGAGUGUCAUGUUCAUGACCGUGUCAUGUCACUCUUAUGUAGAUACCUUCAAGUAAAGUGUUACCUUCUUUUUCAGGGCUGGCUGUAGUGUAGUUGUUCUGUAGUUAGACAUUAAUAACCAGUGGACCUCAGGGAUGGAGUGCAAGAAAGGAGAUCUGUGUAGCAGCUGCAGGGCACAACCUUCACUCAGAGGACCAAAGAGACAAGAAACCAAGAAAAACCCAGCAGUCCUCUCGGCUGUAAAGUCCUGUCAACUCAAUCUAAGCGCCGCUGUGGCUUCCUAGGCAUCAAACUCUCAAACCGUUUCCACAAGUGUGUGUUUUAAGUUCCCCAUGGACAGCAACGCUGCAGAUGAGCAUGAACCCUGACCUCCCCUCCGACUCAUCACUCCAUCCAUCCAUCCAUCCAUCCAGACAGUCAUCUUAUCUAACCAGCCAAAAACCCAAUCCAUCCAGUGCUGCUGUCUGCAGGAUGGGCCAGAUUACUGGGAAAUGUGGUCAGUUACUGAAUACAAAUGACAUGGCAGUUUUUUUGUAAUCAGUAAUGUAAUCCAUUGGAUUACAAAGAAAAUGUGAUCUAAUCUGAAUACUUUUGGAUGACUUCAAAAUGAAACAUUGUAAAUCUUGCACCUUAUGCUAAAAAAAAAAAAAAA